UCUCGUAUUUAAUAAACAAAUCCCAUCUCUGCGUUACUUUCAGCUAUUCAUACGUUUGACUAACCUGGUGAUAAACAAAAGUCAGCUGUCCCUCCAAUCAAAUGGGUGCAACAAAUGAUUAAAGGGGAGCUUCUGCGAAGAACUAAAUGUUUCGCCCAUUAAAUAAGUAAAUAAGUGCAAUAAAGUGUAAAUUCGUAAAAACUAAGUAAACUUUUAUAAAUGAACAAUAGUGAAUACACGAAUGACAAUGAAGAAUGUUGUGGAAAUGGCUGUGCAAACUGUGUUCUUAACAUACAACCAAAGAAAUCGAAGCAGGCCAUUAAGGCGGGAAAAGUUAACAUUUUAACAGAAUACACCAAUUUUUGCUUGUUGGACAAAGUUCGCCAUUCAAAUGCUGAAAUAAACGCGUGGGAGCUGCAUUUCAAGUCAUCGAUACUAUGUGGCGGCCAUAAAACUACAACAGCAGAAAAUUUUAUACUGGAUAUUGAACCUGGUUAUCAUUUAAUGCUUCGUCGCCAUAUGCCCAACGUGCAAAAUGAAGUUGGUAUUGAAAACAAACGGAAGUAUUUAUUACGCCCCUAUUCACCCUAUUGGUGGGAUAUGCAGCAACUGGAAUUUAAAAUCCUAGUCAAUUUCAAAUUCAAUGGACCUAUGACAAAUUUCUUAAGGCAUAUUCAAGUUGGAGAUGAAGCUGAAUUCCGUGGUCCCAUAGGCCAAUUUGAAUACAGAGCUGAUGCAAAAGGUAAUCAAAUUUUAUUUAUCAUAACUCAAGGUGUGGCUGUAGCACCUGUAAGACCCAUAAUAGAAAAUAUUCUCGAUAGUGAAGAAGAUUUGACACGUAUUGUACACUUGGCCUGUUAUGAGGACAUACAACACAUCUACUUUAGAAAAGAAUUGUAUGAUUUCAAAAAAUUUUGGAAUUACAAAUGUGAUAUAUAUUUAGCUCAUGAGUUGUGUGAUAGAAAGGAAUGCAUUGAAAAUGCUGGGUGUAUGGAAACCUGUACAAAAUUCAUAGAAAAAUUAAAGUACAAGGAAUCCGUUCACCCAUUUCGCUUAACCACAAAGGAAUUAGAAGCCAAAUUUAAUUUGUUAGGUGAAGACACCAUAGAACAUGUUAGUGUUGUUAUAGCCGGUACAGGAAAAUUUCAAAAUACCUUUAAGGAUUUAUUGACUAGUGAACAUUGUGGUUUAAAUGAUAGAAAUGUACAUUUGUUAUAAAUAAUAUAAAAAUAUUAAGAAAA